AUGCGCGGGUAUGUUGCCAAUAGUGCUGGUAUUCGCUAUGGUGUUGGUCUAAUGCAGAAAAGACAUAUCAUGGGAUUUGUUCGAAACGCACUGGGAUUGGACCCACCACCUUCUCCAGAUGAGCCUACGGUAGAAAAUAGGUUUCAUCCGUGGGAUCAAUCGCCUUCUCCCGACUUGAGAGAAAGAGCGGCCACCAUACGGGCUUUAGCUAAAUGUCCUGUUACUGGCCAAGAAAUCAACUAUACUUGUCCAAUAUCGGGUAUCCCAACACACCACUCACGGGAAGCUUGGGAGAAAGAUAUCGAUUAUCAACAAUCGAAGAGACCGGAAAUUUUGAAGAAAGUUAACAUUUACGAGCAUGAUCUGAGGUCCGGCAGGCCGUUCCCAGAAUUCGAUUUCCCGCUAGACCAGGAUUUUGACCGUAUGGUCAACCUGACGAACUGGGAUCUUUUCUUCUACACGCGUGGCUUCUACUCUAUGGAUACGGAAUUUCAACUUGCCGCGUCUACGAAAAUGCUCAGCUAUCCAAUCACAAUUGGAUCCGUUCUUCACCAAUUUUCGCCAUACUCUUUGAAUCCAAAAGGUCCUAUAAGUCUAGAAGGUCUCAAAUCGCUAGCAGCACUCCGCUACACGUUAUAUCCUGAGCAGAACCGCCGCGUUGUUUCCACUGCCAAAGACAGCCCACUUCGAAUCUUCAUCCUUGGGGCCAGAGCCGAAGCACAGUUGCCGGGACAUGUUUGGAAACAAUUGCAAUUUAUGUUCCCAGAAACGCAGAUGGAGUUGCAUUUUGUCGGCCCAGAGUCUCAUUUUGAUAGAAAUAAGCGAGAUUACGUGCAUUCGUCAACGCCUAUUGUGCGCAGAGUAGACGAAACUUUGAGUUUCAUCUACCACACGGACUUUUUCCAUGUUCUUCAUGAAGCCCAGGACUUUUUCCCUUACGAUCCAUACACAGACAUUUUCUUCUGUUUCCAUCCUGGAUUCGCCGCCCCAGAGUCUCGAGAAAACUGGAUGGGUAAGACCAUGGAAGCUUUGUUGGAGACAAAAUGUGCCAUUUUCACCACAGGGUUCAACGAAGCCGAUCUCAAAAGAGACAUGGCUGCUGUUGUGGAUACCUAUGGAAAAGAGUUGGACAUGCUGAUGGAACCCUCUCACAACGUGUUUGGCAGUACCAAGUGGGAACUCAACGACAUGAACCCUCAACAAGUGUAUCAGUUCAAUAUGUACAUGGCUGGGUUCAGAGGUAAACGGUACCAUGCCAUUGAAGUAUAA